GCAUUACGAGUACAUUUUCCAGGACCUGGAAAUGCGCCAAGCAACAUUCGUUUAAGCUCGGAUAGGCCACGUUUAAUUCAGUUGGACUGGGAUCCUCCAAGUGUUCCAAAUGGAAAAAUUAUUCGCUAUAUUAUUUACUACACCCCGCUUGAUGAUCAGAACAUCGUGUAUCAAAUGGGGCAAAUUCCGAAGAAGCCGAUAACGGAAUGGAUGACGUACCAUAAGGAUGGUAACUAUUUGACCAGUGGACCACAACAUGCCGAUUUAUUGGGUUUCGUUGAACCGGAUACUGCUUAUGCUCUGGUAUUGCAAGCUGUCAACCAGGAUGGUCCAGGACCUUACUCAGAACAACACACUAUCAGGACAAUGUCACGCGCACGAGAAGGGCCACCACUUGAUUUACGAGUUGAACCGGAGGGGCAGCGCUCUGCGCUUGUGGAAUGGCUUAAGCCCACGACAAGCGAACAACCACCUGUUGGUUAUGAACUUUAUUAUAUCAAGGCAGAUGCAAAGAUCUGGGAAGAUGAUUUGGCUAGUCUUGACGAUUGGUGA